AUGAAGGUGUCCAUGUCCACCCCACACACAGCGACGUCUGGGCGGCUGUUAGUUCUGGCUGUUCAGCUGGUCCUGUUGGUCUGUGGAAGCCAGGCCAGUGACGACACCAAGAGGUGUAAGCUGUUCUCUGAGUCCCCGGCAGAACGGAAGGUCCUCAGUCUUCUAGAACCGCUCACUAACAAGACUUUCUCUGUGGCGACGACAAGCGGCAAGGAAAGCUACACGUACCAGUUCCAGGUGUGUGGGGAUGCGGGGAAAAUGGUAGGAGCGGGACUCGUUCAGAUCGACCAUACGGAAAAAGAAAGUGAGACAGUGCUUGGCCUGUACACUGCAACACAGGCUAUCGGAGGAAGUGACUGGGUGAUGUUGAUCUACAGCAACGGCACCAAGUAUGAUGGCCACUGUUCCAAGGAGAUGAGGAAAGCCAUUGUCAUGAUCUCCUGCAACAGAGGAGUGGAAAUGGGGAAGCUGGAAGUGGUGUUGGAGGAGAGGGAGAGGGACAGGGACUGUUUCUAUCUGUUUGAACUGGACUCCAGUGCGCGGUUGAUUGUCGGGGCCAAAGGGUUGCAGCAGUUCCCCAACUAUGUCUUCUGGACGCAGGUUGGCAACCUGGCAGCGGAUGGAUGUAAUUUUGUGUGUAGGACACAGGGCCCCGAAGAGGUACCUCCCACAUACAGGGGUGUGUCCACAGAGCCAAAGGAGCAGCCAGAAGAGAGGGAUGACCACUUGCUUCCCAUGUGA